AUGACUGAGAAAACUGUACUAAUAGCAAAUGAGUUAUUGUAUUAUUUGUUUAGCAAUGUGAAGUUUUUGGAUAACCCAAACUUUGUGGCAGCUGCCUUCGAGUUUUACACUGCUGAGGAGAUAAACGUUGCUAAAAACCAAUUAUUGGCAAAUAUGGAAAGUUUAAAGUCUGAAAACUUUAAAUUUUCUCAACGUAGUAGCACGAGAAAAGAGAAAACGGCAGACAAAUUAGCGGAAUUGGUGGCAUAUGUUCGACAAAUUGUGGCAGGCGAUUUUACUGCAAAACUUCUCUGCUACGUAAGUUGUGACAUGAAUAGAGUUCCGAAGAUCUCUCUAGUAAAUGUUGAAGCUAUAUUUAAGAAAAUGGCUGAAAUUGAACAGCUGCCUAUAACAGAUCAGAGGCCCACUUUCAACAGCAACGUAAACAAUAGUACAAGCGUGUUUAAGUAUGAUACCUUCAACUCAAGUAAUAUGUAG